CUUUACUUAAGAGAUCUCCAAAAAAAUUAACACAAAAUGGCUGUAGAUUUGUUAGGGUAUUCAAAUAUGAAUGAACAAUUAGCUUUACAAGAAGCUGCUUCAGCUGGUUUGAAAUCCAUGGAUCAUUUAAUCCGAUACGUGUCACAUCAUCAACAACAACAACAACAGCAACAACAACAUCAGAACCCUGAUUGUAGCGAGCUAGCUAACUUCACUGUUUCGAAUUUUAAAAAGGUUAUUUCCAUCCUGAACCGGACAGGUCAUGCCAGGUUUCGACGUGGUCCGGUUCAGGUUCCUGAUCCACCGCAGCAGCAGCAGACAGUUGCUGCUGCUGCGGUAGAUCAGAGUCAGAGUCAACCAAAGGGGUUGACUCUUGACUUUACAAAACCAAAGGUAGUAAAGGCAGCUCCUUCGACCUCGUCGUCGUCGUUCUUGUCGACGAUUACAGGUGAAGGAAGCGUAUCUAACGGGAGGCAAUUUUCGUCGAUGAAUUUGCCUCCUAGGCCGCCGGCUUCCUCAGGGAAGCCGCCAAUCGCCGGAAAAAGGUGUCGAGAUCAUGAUCUGUUGUCCGAUGAAGUUUCCGGCAAAACUUCCAGCUCCGGCAAUUGUCACUGUAAAAAGAGGAAAAUUAGGGCAAAAAAAGUGAUCAGAGUACCAGCAAUCAGUUCAAAAACUGCUGAUAUUCCAGCAGACGAAUAUUCGUGGAGAAAGUACGGUCAAAAGCCGAUCAAAGGUUCACCACACCCACGGGGAUACUAUAGAUGUAGUAGUGUAAGAGGAUGUCCGGCGAGAAAGCACGUAGAGAGGGCAACCGAUGAUCCGGGAAUGCUUAUCGUGACUUAUGAGGGAGAACAUCGUCAUUAUGUUCAAGGAAUUGUUGCCGGCACCGGAGAUGGAAGUUCCGGUGAGAAAAUGAUGGUGUUUGGGUCAACUUGCGACAAAAAAGAAGAAUAGGGUUAGAGAUUUAGGGGCUUGUUUGUAAUUUCGAGGUAUUUGAGGGGGUGGAAUUGACCUUUUGAGAAGACUAAAGAGUAGAAAAGUCAAUAGUGCGUGGGGUUUGGGUUCUCUAUGUAAAUUUGGGAAAUUUUGACUACUUUUAUUUAAUACGACAAUCGAGAAGGUUCACAAUUGA